CUAUAGUAUCCAUGAAUUCGACCUCAGUGCGAAUUCCUUUUACAUUUGUAUUCUCGAAGUUCAUUAGUGGAGAUGAGUGCCCCGAGGGCAAUCGAAUAGUUAUUAGAAUAAACGAUUCAGUUUUGAUCUCGUGCUUAAACCUACAACAUCGCGCUCUGUUAGUAGUGAAUCCGAAAAUCCAAUACAUUACAAGUGUCGACGAGGUAAAGGAUUUUUUUCCAAAUCGCGUGUGAAAUAGAGAAGAUUAAGAAAUUAAGUGAAAUCUACUCCAUAAGUAUCACUGUGGAAUUGAUCCACAGGAGUGUAAUUCCACGAAAAGUGCCAUUUUUGUGGUGAAAUAAAAGCCUAAUGUACCGGGGAAAGCCAUUUUGAAGAGGCAAUUGUUGCAAUUGUGACAAAAGGCUAUUCCCACGUUAGGAAAUUACAAAAGAAGAUCACUGACCCCGUAAAGGUUAGCAAUCUCUAUAUCCGAAGAUUGUAACUGAUAUUGUUUAUGACAUCAGUUCUUUGGAUUAAGAGAAAAUUUAGUGUGUCGUGCUAAUUUCCAGUUUCAUCUUGAAAGUGUACAGCUGAGCCAAGGCAAGAGUGCUGAUAAGAAAAAUCGAGCAGUUUUUUUUUAAAUGAGAUCCAGCUACUUCGGUGCCCAUCAAGAAGUGUGAGAAAACCAGUACGAAGAAGAGAGUGAGUGUUAAAAAAAAUAAGAGAAAUACAAGUGCAGAGUCCGUUGCGGUGAGAGUGAGAAUUACGCUCUGGUGUGCUGUGAGAAGAGCGAGUCUGCUGAGAGAGAGCAGAAAACGGAAGCAUUUCAGCGAGAGCGGCAAGUAAUCCAGUGAGAAGUGAUAGCUGGUGGAGUAUCUCAUUGGUGAGCGAAACUGGUUUGUCAUCCUUAUUGUUGGUGUGAGAGGUAAACUACAAAAUCGACAUGACUACCACUAAUUUGGUUGGUGUUAUUGAACCAUAUGUCGUCGGCAAUUCUUUUACCGAAUAUGCAGAACGAUUUGAAGAAUUUUUUGAAUUCAAUCAAAUCGAUGACAACAGAAAAAGGUCCACAUUCUGCACGCUUAGUGGCCCAGCAAUUUACUCUGAGAUCAAGUUAUUGUUUCCAGGGAAAAGGGUUAAAGAAUUAUCUUACACUGAAAUAAUUCAAAAAUUAAAAUCUCGCUACGACAAGAUUGAUUCUGACGUGAUUCAAUGUUUUAAGUUCAAUACACGCAUGCAAAGAUCCGACGAAACAACAGAAAGUUUCAUACUGGACCUUAAAUUGCAAGCAUCUCUUUGCGAUUUUGGUACGUAUAAAGAUAAAGCGAUAAGAGACCGGAUUUUAGUAGGUGUGUAUGAUAAAAACUUGCAAAAACAAUUGUUGAAAGAAUAGAAACUUACACUAACGGACGCUGAGAGGAUAAUUACAAACUACGAACUUGCGAAUACGCGCGCUGCUGCAAUCAACUCGGAAGGUCAACAGGUAGCAUCAGUACGGGAGCGCUUGGGGAGAAGAGCAGCUUAUGACAAUAAUCGAAACAACGGCUACUAUAAUAGAAGAGACCGCACCCGUAGCAGAAGUGCAAGCUUCCAGAGGAGGGUAACAUGGGGUGACGAAGGAAGGAAACGGAUCAACAGAACCAUUAUGCGAACUAUUAUUGCAACAAUUGUGGUAAGAAGGGCCACAUCAAACGUCAAUGCCGAAGUAAAGAAGGCGCAAAUUCAAAAACCAAUUAUACAGGCAAGGUACAAAGCGUAGUAGUUCCUUCGGAGGGCGUACAGUACACCUUAAAGCAAGCAAUGAACCGCUUGAAAAUGGAGAUGAGUGACGAAUCUGGCGAUGAUUCCUCAGGUGAAUACAUGUGUAUGAAUGUGACGUCCAUUAACAAAGUUAGUGAACCUUGCUUGGUUGAAGUCUCUAUAGAGGGUAAAUCAGUCAAAAUGGAAAUUGAUUGUGGAUCUGCGGUAUCUGUUAUGGGCAUAAUUACUUAUAUAACAUUAUUUAACCAACCUCUUCACAAGAGUAACAGGAAGCUUAUCGUUGUGGACGGUGGAAAUCUUAAAGUUUUCGGAGAAACAAAAGUAACAGUGAAUUUUAAGAACAUAAUAAAAAGUGUAUCUUUGGUGAUAAUUGAUAACAGCGAAGCCAACAAUAAUCACAGAUUCAUUCCAUUAUUGGGUCGAGAGUGGUUGGAUGUUUUUAUUCCAAAUUGGAGAGAUACAUUUCAAACAUCAAUCAAUGUUCAUAACGUUUCCAUCAACGAUCAAGUUUCUUGUUUGAGUGAUAUUGAGAGCAAAUUUUCCAAUGUCUUUAAGAAAGAUUUUUCAACCCCAAUACUUGGUUAUGAGGCUGAGUUGGUACUUAAAGACGAUAAACCAAUUUUUAAACGCGCAUACGAAGUGCCAUAUAGACUGAGAGAACGAGUCUGUGAAUAUUUAGAUAAAUUAGAGAACGAAAAUGUCAUCACCCCUGUCAAAACCAGCGAAUGGGCAUCACCAGUCAUAGUGCUGAUUAAGAAAAACAACCAGAUAAGAUUAGUGGUAGACUGUAAAGUUUCUAUAAAUAAACUGAUAAUACCGAACACAUAUCCUUUGCCAGUUGCGCAAGAUUUGUUCGCCCGUUUGUCGGGAUGUAAAGUAUUCUGUGCUUUAGACCUUGAAGGUGCCUACACACAGUUGUCACUUUCCAAAAAAUCUAGGCGAUUUAUGGUUAUUAAUACAAUAAAAGGACUUUACAUACAUUUAUUUGUGGCAAUUGGAAACGUAAUCACAAACGCUCAUCGAAACCAAUUGAAGAUUUCGAAGGCUGAAACUCCCACCAUGAACGUAAUGGUCCCGGUUACUUCCACGAAGAGAAACCGGGUGGUAACGGUGGCGGAGGAAGAAGCUUCAACAACAUCAGGAUCGUUCCAACCUGAACAGACGAAUUCGAAGCCUCCAAGCGAUCCAGAAGCAAUCCUUCCAGCGCUACGACGAUCAUCGAGAACGAAACGAAGAAAAGUGAACGAAGAUUUUGUGUACAUGUAA